AUGGGUACGAUAUGUCACUUUAUAAUUGUUUCAGGUUUAACUACCUGCGUCAUGCCAAUGUACUUAACAGAGUUGGCACCUCUAAGACUGAAAGGAGCAAUGGGUGGCCUAUGCCCCUUAGGAUUAACAUUUGGCGUACUAUCUGGACAAGUGUUAUCCAUGAAUAGUUUACUAGGGAACGAGGACUAUUGGCCUCACUGUUUAGCUAUUUACGCAUUGCCGACUUUUAUUUCCAUUUUCGUUCUGCCAUUACUACCAGAAAGCCCAAAGUUUUUGUUUGUUGUAAAAAACCAACCACAAGCUGCCUUGAAAGAAUUGCAAGUGAUUCGUGGAGUACAAAAGGAGUUGUUGAUAGACGAAAUAGAGAGUCUGAAAAUUGAAGCAGACGAAAACAGGAAAAAUGCAGGAGUCAGCAUUGGGUUGGGAAAAGUGAUAACGGAUCGUUCUCUGUUACUACCUCUCACGUUGGUUUGCUCUUUACAAGCAGGGCAACAAUUCAGUGGAAUAAAUGCGGUAUUCUACUAUUCGACUGACAUUUUUAAAGCUGCCGGAUUAACAAGUACAGCUGCCGAAUUAGCAACAAUAGGCGCUGGAAUAUUCAACUUUGCAAUGGCUGUGAUAUCUAUACCUCUAAUGUCAAACGUAGACCGACGCAAAUGCAUGUUGUUCAGCUUAGAAACAUCUAUUGCAUCCCUUAUUGUCUUGGGAUUGGGGCUAAUUUACAUUCAAUUUUUCUCAUGGGUGGCUUACGUAAGCACAAUCGGUCUUUUAGGCUUCGUCAUAUGCUAUGGUGUAGGUUUGGGGCCGAUUCCCUACUUUAUCGGAUCAGAACUAUUUGAGGUAGGAGCUAGAUCAAGCGCCAUGGCAUUGGGCAGUAUGUUCAACUGGGGAGGCAAUUUCAUCGUAGGUCUUCUUUUCCCCAUACUGAAGGUCUAUAUUGGGGCAGCUUGGUUUUUCAUUUUUGCUGCUAUAUCGCUUACAUUAUACCUAUUCGUGAGAUUCUAUCUACCAGAAACCAGAGGUAGAGACACCAGUGAGAUAGCCCAUAUCUGCAGAAACGGUUUUGCUUCCAGGCCAUUGGAAGCGACUAUGGAUGCCAAUAACACCCAAGAUCAUGAAUUGGACAAAACGAAAGAAGCCGACAGUAAUGUUUAACAGGGCAGCCUUGGUCAAGAAAAUUGUACGUUCCAGUAUUUAUUUAUUGAACAAACGGGUGUAGAUUGUUUCGAAAGACAAACGUGAGUUUAAUCAGCACAAAGAAUAUCGAAUCUUUUUUAGUUCUCGAUAAUGUCGAAUGUGCUUCACUUUGGUACAGCGGUAUUCUUAAGGUACACUCUGCAGAAGAUUACUUUGAAAUACUUUUUUUGAGGUAAAUUAAUCUGAUUAAAGCAUGUUUUGUUCAUAAUAAAUUAUAAACAUUCCUUAUGUCCUAAACUGAUUGAACUCUGAUCCAUAGUUAGUAAAUAUAUGGAGUAUACAUGGUGUUUUGAAAAUUGUGAUAUACAUACAUUUAUAUCUUUAAUUCCAAUAAGUUUUAUCUUGCUCACGUAAUUGUUAAGAUUUUAAGUACAAUAUUUAUGUUGUUGCGAUGAAGCUGAUCUUGCAGAUUUUGAAACAUUCGAGAAUCUCUAUUUAGUUGUGUGAUUCAAUAAAAAUGGAAAUAUACAAUGUAUUAUUAACUAAUUAGCUAUAACAGUUUGUUGUGUUUUGUUAUAUAAUACUCGCGGCCAAGUUCGACAAACUUUGAAAAAGCUUCUAAUAUUUAAUAAAACCAACAAGAAAUAAG